AUGAUUAGAUCCAAGCUGAUGAGCUGGAGAGAAUACCUCACGCCUGUGACGCACGCGUCAACUUUCCAAACCACGGGCCAGAUUACCCCGGAAGAAUUCGUAGAAGCAGGGGAAUACUUGUGCCAUAUGUUUCCCACCUGGGAGUGGAAUCGGGCCACGAGCGCCGUUAGAGGUCGCGAUUUUCUUCCUCCCGAUAAACAGUUUUUGGUCACUCGCAAGGUGCCCUGCGCGAAACGUGCCGAAAAGCUAACCACAGUGGCAGUCGAUGAGGGAGACAAAUGGAACCAGGAGGGACUAAAAGAUGGCGACAGCGCCGAAGAUUGGGUGGUGGAAGGGGCAAAUACCGAAGUCGCUGGUACAAAUAAAGAUAACCGUGCUGGUCAAACCAAUCAUGUAGACAUUGAUGAAAUGCUACAAGACAUGGAGCUGGACCCUCAGGGCCAGAACCAGGAUGACUACGACGACGGCGUCGUCGAAGAUGACGACAUUGUGCUUCCUUCCGUGCCGAGCGAUACGCGGUACUACGAUCUCUACAUUGCUUAUUCCACCACUUAUCGGGUCCCUAAAUUGUAUCUCGUAGGGUUCAAUAACGAGGGUUUGCCGUUGAGCCCGCAGGAAAUGUUUCAAGAUAUUGCCCCCGACUACCGUUCCAAGACAGCCACAAUUGAAACGCUACCAUUUCUCAAUGCUCACGUGACCUCCGUUUCGAUUCAUCCGUGCAAGCAUGCGAAUGUGAUGCGAGUUUUGAUGGAGCGGAUCCGGGAGGUUAAGAGUCGCAAGCGUCGGGAGAGUAACAACACUAAAGCUGGUGUAGACACCGCCAAACCCACAGAUGACGAUUGGGAAGAUUUGCAAAACGAAGUCGACGGCGGUCUUCGCGUUGACCAAUACUUAGUGGUUUUCCUCAAGUUUAUCGCUAGUGUUACACCGGGAAUCGAGCAUGACUACACAAUGGAAGGAUGGUGA